AUGACUUUGGACCCCAGUAUCUCGAGCGACCUUUCGACGGAUAUCACCUCGAUAGCUUCGUGGGAUUUCUCGUCGGAAUCCACCACUCCAACAAACAAUGGUGCGCGACGCAACACACAGCAAAAGACCCGAACACUGGCUCCCAAUCUUACGCGACGAUCGCACAAAAAGUCCCGCGGCGGUUGUUUUAGUUGUAAACAAAGAAAGAUCAAAUGUUCCGAAACGAAGCCCGCCUGCGGGAGCUGUUUGAUGAAAGGACUUAGUUGCAUCUACCCAACGGAACCAGCAAUGCGCAAGACGAGCAAUCUACCGUUGAUAAGGCGGAAUCCCAAUACUUCACCUUCUUUCCCAGCGGCCACCUUUUCCAUCCUGGACAUGCGAUUCUUCCAUCAUUUUCUGACUGUUGCCUACCCACAUUUACCAGUCGACAACGAUCAUGUCUGGAUCAACGAUAUACCCCAAUUUGCUGAACAACACCAAUACCUGAUGCACGCGUUGCUUUCGCUCGGAGCCUCUCACCUCAGCCGUCUCACAGGUGUAGACUAUCGACGAGAAUCUCUGAUCCACCGCGGCGAGGCCAUUGCAGGCCUCAAUCAAGCACUCAGCCAGACGGCGCGUUCCUAUGGCGAAGCAGACGCCAUGCUCGCCUCUUGCUACGCUCUUACCUUCCAAGCUUCAUAUAUGAGUGAUGGCCUCGCCGAUUUCAUCACCAUGGUGCGAGGCUGCGCCCUCACGACGGAGAAGAUCAAACAAGAGCAUUCCCCUACAGCGUUCAACCUGCAGCCAGACUGGCACUUCAAAUAUAUGGCGCCGCGUCUCCAGAACCUGCCCCCGGUUGACCCUCAGUUGCUACAAGAUGCAUACGACGCCCUGGAGAGCCUUCGACCAUUCUUGACUGGUGACACAGAAAUAGACUUUCACGCGGCGCUUGUCGACGUGAUCACCUCGCUCCAAGCUUCGCCGGCAUCAGGAUAUAUACAAUUCAUCGGCGUGUAUGGCGUAUGGUAUGAAUUGUGCCAUGACUCAUUCAAAACCUUCCUGGACCCCAACAACCUUGUCGCUCAGCUCCUUCUUGCAUACUUCGUGGGCGUGCAGUUGCUGAUGGUUCCCCUCGCAGCGCAUGAGUGGCCGCACCCCGGGGAUAUCACUCGCGUACGCGUUCUGCAGGGCACAGUCGAGUGGGCACAAGGGAUUUUUCAGAGACUCGAAGACUCCGAGUGGGAAGCACACCUUGAUUGGCCAAGGAAUGUCAUCGCCACUGUGGUUGCAGAGAUCAACGGUGAUGUGCUCCAGUUGCCAUCUGUCCUGCAGCUGCACUUGGCAACGCGAGAUAUCACCCCACAAUCGACGAUUCUGACGCCUGCUUGA